AUGUCUCAUACCAACACGAACGGUGCCCCUGUUUCGUCCGUUUUCUCUGAACUCUCGACAGUUCCUUCGCCGGGAGGAGAGGCGCCUCCUGUAACAGACCUCAUCCGCCUGCUUCUGCAAGUCGUCGCGCAAGAUGUCUGCUCGUCAAAGCGCAACACGAUGAGCCUCUACUCGCUGCUCAGCAGGUCGAGGGACAUCUGUGGCGAACUCCACACUCUCAUCCAAAAGGUGGAUGAGACUGGGGAUUGGGAAAGCUAUGAGUCUUACUCAUCAAAAGUGCAACCCUUAGAAGAGUUGCUCUAUAAGCUAUUCGAGUUAACGGGCGACGAGUCUACCAAGGACUGGCCUAGCGACCGCAACGUCAUGACUCAUCUUUCUUAUGCAAACACCUGGGAGAAGAAUAGAGGACUCGUCGAGGUGCAGCCAUCCGAUAACUUCGAUUGGGUCAAGAAACAUGAUGAUCUUGCACUGUUCCAUACCAUUCUUGAAGGCGUGGAUAAACAGUUUGCUGCAUUUGCAACUGUGGUCACACCUUCUUUCAUCACAUCGGAGGCAUACACCACUGUUCGAGCCAAGAUUAAUGGAUUCGAAAGCCAAUUUGCCAGCGAUACAGGGGCCCAGUCAUUUGUCAUUGCCACUAAAUUUGUAGUGGUCAUGGACGGAUUGCUGGGGUUCGUCGCAGACAAGAGCCAGGCACUCGAAAAGCGAAGAGAUCUACUUGGAAAGGAAUUAUGGAAAGCUGCCAAAGACGUUGUCGAAAAGCUUGAUCAGCCUUCAUGGGAUGAAUUCGUUAGGCUUUUAUCGAAUGCCGCACCGUCAGAUAUUGAGGAUCUGGUAAAGCUAGUCAAGCGGAUUCGAAGGCCGUUCCAUUCCCAGUCCAUGGUGCUCGUUAAAUACUGCUAUCAAAUUCUCAAUAAGGUCAAAGCAGAGAAGAAAGAGCCCGGCGUAUUGAAGAGUGCUCUUGCUGCAACCGAGGAGGCCCUGUCCGCGGCAGCUGAUGUCGUGAAGAACAAUAAUGAUCUAUUGAAGUUCGAAAUAGAUGCAGCCAAGAAAACAGCGGCCGAAACCAAGUUUACCGCUGCAACAGCCAAGAUAACAGAUUGCAUCACUACCUACACUUUGGCGGGGUCAGUCCCCUUUGAUAAUUUCUCAGCGGACACAACCGCCGCACAAGCAUUGGAUAAGAAGUGGAUGGAUGAGCUAAUUGUAGCCACAGAUCUCGCCACUGUGAAAGUGACAAUAACAAACCCGCCUGCGGGCCUCAAUACCAGCAAUCAGACGUUUACCGUUGAGAAGAACUGCUCGGCCAGCACGCUCUUGUCCCAUUCGCUGAUGCAACUACGGAAGGAUUUCAGAGGCACAUUACCACAUCGAUGCCAUCUCGCAGAUCCGAGCAAGAACAACGAGGUCAUCGCAGGUACCACCCUGGUGAAUGCUAUCCCAGGUGCAAUUACUCUUGUGUUCAAGAUGUGA